AUGCAUCAAAUAAUAGUAUGCAACUCUUCUGAUUACUUUAAGUCUCUUUGUGCCGGUGCCCCAGCCGAUGAGCUCGGAUGCAAACUAUUGUCAUUUGACACGACACCACGCGCAUUUGAGGUCAUCGGACUUUGGGUAUACGGAGAUCAAGAUCUUGAAAACCACAGGGAUACAAAAGCGAUAGAAGAAGCCUUGGUUUACACGGAAUCUGUAGGGAUGGAGGAUUUGCGAGUAGAACUGUUAGAAGGUUUCAUGAAACUCAAGCUACAAAUAACGUGCAAUACUGCGAAUGGAUAUAGGAUGGCACCGGAAUCACUGACUUCCGAGGCUCAAUGGAACAUCUUUGAGGAAAUAUGCGAGCACAGUUUACCUAGAGAUCUGAGCACCGUGGGGGUCUUUGUUGCUGGCAAUCUCCCUGGAGUCAAUCCUUCACCAACUUGGCUUAGACAACUUUCUACCGAAUCAAAGAAUGGCUUUAUGGCAGCGGCCUUAAUUGAACAGAAUCCCCAGAUUCUAUGUCAAGAAAAUAACGAUAUAUUUUCGUUCUUUGCAAAUAUCAAGUGUGGUUUUCCAUGGAGCCCUGGGGUUGGCUUAGGUAGGAACGAGGUUUCGCAGGUGGAUGAUACGGCUAUGCAAAUCAAAUUCGCGGCUCUUAAUCUUUAG